ACUAUCAAAUCUCUCUCUCUCUCUCUCUCUCUCUCUCUCUCUCUCUCUCUCUCUCGUUUUUGUUAUAUACCCUUAUUCCCUUUCCCAUUUUCAAACAAUGCACUCAAACACAUUUUCACAUUCCUAAAAGCACCAAACGUUCCUUGCAAGUUUUCUUCAGCUACAUUGACCUCAUUGUUGAACUCAAAAGAUGGGGAAAAGAAACGGUAAAAGAAAGAAGGAAGAAAUCGCUGAGGAUCAUUGUUUCGUUUGCAAGGAUGGUGGUAACAUGAGAGUCUGUGAUUUUAAGGAUUGCCUUAAAACUUAUCAUGCUGAAUGCGUGAGCGAAGAUGCUUCCUUUUUGACAAGUAACAAUAAUUGGUGUUGUGGGUCACAUUAUUGCUGCCUAUGCCGUAGAGCAUCAAAGUUUAUGUGCUUCUUCUGCCCAACAGCUGUUUGCGGAAAAUGCUACUAUGAUGCUGAUUUUGCUACUGUAAAAAAAAACAAAGGAUUUUGUAGGCACUGCUCAAAACUUGCAGUUCUAAUUGAGAAAAAUGCUGACGUUGAUUCUGAUGGUGAUAAAAUAGAUAUGAAAGAUCCAGCUACAUAUGAAAGUUACUUUGUAGAGUAUUAUGAUUUAAUUAAAAGAAAAGAAGGGCUGGAUUCUCAGCAUGCUCAUAUUGCCCGUGACUUCAUUAAAAAUAAAAAAAAGAAGUGUGACAUGGAUUCAUAUGAAAUAGGCGAUGAGGAAGAUGAUAGUGGUGAAUCUGAUGUGAGUAAUUUUAUGGGUUCUGAUAGUGACGGCACAACAGGAGUUAAAUCUUCGGGGAGAAAGAAGAAGUGCAUAAAAAAGCUAGAAUCAAUAAAAGGAAAAGUAGGGAAAGAUAAGAAAAAAGAUUUUGAUGGAUGGGGUUCAAGAAGUCUCAUAGAUUUUCUUAAAAAUAUUGGUAUAGACACUACCAAAGCGUUUUCAGAACUUGACGUUAAAUCGAUCAUAAUUGACUACUGCCAUAAAAACCAGCUUUUUGACCCCGUGAAAAAGAAAAGGGUAUUAUGUGAUGCAAAGUUACAGAAUUUACUAAGGCGUAAAUCAGUGAAUAAAAACAGUAUACAAAACCUUCUUGCAUCGCAUUUUGUAGAGAAUUUUGAGGAAACAGAUGAUAUGGUCAGUAGUUCAGAAGAAAUGGGUAACAAAGAAGCAUUCAAGUUUUCUGAGCAGAGACAUUUGAAUUCGACUACAAAAUCUUGUCUGAACGUAGUUUCUCAAGAGCUUCCAAGUGGAUUUGCAGCUAUAAUUAGUUCAAACCUAAAACUUGUCUACUUGAAGAGGAGCUUAAUUGAGGAGCUUUUGAAGCAGCCAGAAAACUUUGAUGACAAAGUAUUGGGAAGUUUUGUUAGAACCAAGUCCGACCCAAAUGACUAUUUACAGAAUAAUUCCCAUCUGCUCUCGCAAGUAAUAGGAAUUAAUAGAUCAUCUAAAAAAGGCGAAAUCAAUCAAGAAAUUCUGCUCCGACUUUCUAAUGUGCCAAAAGGUGUACCUGUCAGCAAAAUUUCUGAUGAUGACUUUUCUGAGGAAGAAUGUCUAGAUCUGUAUCAGAGAAUGAGUAACGGUGUGCUCAAAAAGCCAACUACACUGGAGCUUGAGCAGAAAGCUAGAACUCUGCACAAAGAUAUCAUGAAGCAUUGGAUCUCAAGAGAGAUAGCAGUGUUGCGAAAUCGUAUUGAUCUGGCAAAUGAAAAGGGAUGGAGGAGAGAACUUGCUCAAUACAUAGAUCGAAAAAUGAAACUGGAAUCUCCAUCAGAACAAACACGUUUAUUGAGUGAAAUUCCAAAAGUAAUUCCAGAAAUGGUUGAUACCAGAGAAGACUCCUCCAGAGAAGAUAAGCUUGAGCAAAAUGAUUUGUCAGAAUUAGCCAUUGGCGAGAAUUGUAGCUCUGUUGAACAAUACUCCAUACAUGAUGGUUUUGCUCAAUGUCUGGAUAAGCAAACAGAUGUUGUAGUGACGACUCAGGAGCCAAAUAUACUGGCUGGUGUUAAUAGCCCAAUAGUACAGCAGUUGAGUUAUAGCGCCAAGAUAUGGAAGGUAUAUUCCAGGAAAGGGAAGAUAGGAACACAGGGAAGAGACUUGGGGCUAGAGAAGGUAUAUUCCAGGAAAGGGAAGAUAGGAACACGGAAGAGACUUAGGGAAGGUUAUGCUUUUUAGAAAUUGAGUGGGGCCAGGAAGAAUAGAAGACGGCAGGUGGUUGUGAAGAGGGCAGGGACAUGGUUUUUUAUGGAAGGCAAGAUGCAUUUUGGUUUAAUGGAAUCGGCUUUGGGCCUAGUUAGGCAGGAAGUUGGCAUUUAUCUGCUGCUGCUUCUGAUUUUGUUAUGCUUGUUUCCAUUUUCUACUCAUGUACUCUGAUAUCUCAGUAUCAGUUCAAUAUAAUAUAGCCGUUUAAUGUUUUAUUAUGCAGUAAAGGAUCAAUAUAAUCCAAGGGUGAUAUUUUAUUAUUUUGUUAUUAUAUUUGAUUGACUAUAUCCUUCUUUGAGGUUUUUCACAGGAAAAAUUUAAUGUGCCACUAAGUAUAUAUAUAAAAUGUAGCUUACAAUACCAUAUGUUUGUAUCAAUUAUAUCUUUGGUAGUCUUUCCUGGCACUGUUGAAUAUUUGCAUGUCCAACCAAGUAACACUAAAUCUGAUU